AAAAGCGCCGCAGCGCCGGGUGCAGAUGCAGACUCUUCAGUCUUCAGAUAUUUUGUUGAUUGCGCUUUGCGCUGCUGUUAUUAAUUAAAAAAAAAAUAUUCAACGAGCCGAAAUAUUCCAGGUUGAUACUUCGUAAGAAAAAAGCUUUUUGCUAGAAAUCAAGUGUUAUGUUCAAUGCUGUAGUCCGCAGCCUGCCCAGCCAAUUAGUAGACGCGCUCACUCCAGUAUACUUCAAAGUUUCCAAGUGGAGCAAAGUUGGUUUCCGAGGGACUCACAGUAUGUCGAAGAUUGUGAAUCAUUCCGGUAUGAGGAUCAGGGUCCUCCCUGCCCUUCAAGACAACUACAUGUACUUGGUUGUCGAUGAGCAAACUCGAGAGGCUGCCAUAAUAGAUCCUGUGGAGCCGAACAGGGUGCUCGGCGCCGUCAAAGAGGAAGGCGUCAACCUGACCACAAUCCUCACCACGCACCAUCAUUGGGACCAUGCAGGUGGCAAUGUUGACCUCGUGAAAAGCGCUGCCAGCAAACUGAAAGUUGUCGGAGGAGACGAUCGCAUCGGCGCCUUGACUGACAAAGUGUCCCACGGAGACAGUUUCCAGAUUGGCUCUCUGAAGGUCAAGUGUCUGUUCACCCCUUGCCACACGUCAGGACACAUUUGCUACUUCAUCGAAAGUCCAGAAAGCCAAGACCCUCCGACCGUCUUCACAGGAGACACGCUUUUCAUUGCUGGAUGUGGCAGAUUUUUCGAGGGCACGCCUGUCCAGAUGCACAAGGCCCUGAUUGAGGUUUUGGGUCAGCUCCCCGAUAAUACUCAAGUGUUUUGCGGACACGAGUAUUCGGAGCAGAACUUGAAGUUCGCCGCCCAUGUCGAGCCUCACAACGACGACAUAAAAAAUAAAAUUGCUUGGGCUGCUGCGACUCGAGGCAGGAAUGAGCCAACUGUACCUUCGACAAUCGGUGAGGAAAAGAAGAUCAAUCCGUUCAUGCGAGUGACCGAGGACAGCGUCCAGCAGCACGCCGGACAGGCGGAUCCAAUUUCGACAAUGGGCGCUAUUAGGCAGGAAAAAGACAACUUCAAAGCAAAAUGAGAAGGCCUGUUCCAAUUUAUAAGAAGUAAUGAAAUGCAUUUUAAAUGAAUAAUCUCUCAAAGAGAUGCAAUAAUAUUAAAUAUGGGAGUAUUUUGGGAUUAUCAAGAAAGCUUUGGAGUGUGUUGAAAAAUUUAUCUUAUAAUUUGUUGAUAUAAUAAACAACACCUAGUUGUAAAGUUAAGAAUA